AUAUCAGACUAUGUCUAAAGCUAGACCUCUACUCCAUCCGGUACAUCGUUCUCUGCGUAGAAUCGGAAGUUCGUUCUCUAGUCUUAAGAGUCUCGACGACCAUGGCUUGCCUUCGACGCGAACGCUUUUGGCCUCGUUGAUUAGUUUCAUUCUUUGUUUAUUGCUCGGUACUGUGGCAGCAGCCCAGAAGCAGUCGCCAGAUAUCCAGAUUAUAGUUUCAAGCAUACUCGUCGCCCUUGUUAUUUUCCUCUUCUUCCUAGAUUGGUUGAAUCGUCGACGGUAUAGUUCAAGAGAUGUGGCUCCCGUGUAUGCCAAGAAUCUAGGGAAUACCGUCGCCACAUCGAUAGUGACGCUGAUUGCCAUCCCUUUUCUGUAUAUGUACUCUUGGUAUCCUGCUCUUAACCAAGACGUCAUCACGACCACGAAGGAUACUGUGGAUCAUGCGUACUUCCCGUCGAUAACACUCCUACAACGUGAAGAUUGGUCGUCUCAGGGGUCGCUGGAUGUCUCUCGAGCUCGACCUAAAUGUUUUGUUGGCUGGGCAGAUCCGGAUGCACCGAAUUGCGCACGAAGUGACUCGCAACGCCGACCCUGCCGCUGUGAGGAUCGCUGGGAAGAAAGCAUCGGGAAUUUUACCUGGCAGGGAACCAAGUAUCGCACGUUGACACUAGUCUCAUCGGAGGCUCUGUUAUGCACGGUACCUACUACGCUCAUGCUAGCGCAGGCCUUUCUGUGGUAUGACUCUAGCAAAGCUAUCAACGAUUCUUCACGUCUCUUGUCGCCUAGCCUUUCAAUCGCGGUGUAUGAUCCCACACUCUCGCUCUCUGAAGCCCUGGAGAAUGAUUAUACGAGGCCGAUUCUCGUUAACGCGAAUGGAAUGGUCGCGGUAAAUUUGGGCCUGAACUAUAGACAAGUUCGCGGGAGGGCCCCGGCGUACGAUUAUGAUAUCUCUUUAUCGACGAUUCCAUCCUUGGACUUGCGCUGCGAUGUAGGGUCCGAUUCAAAACCGGCUACAGAGCCUUGUUUUCUAUCUUUAUGGCUUCAAUUCCCAACAUUUGAACGUCAGGUUUCUACCCAAGGAUAUGCCAUGAGCUGGGCGGUAGGUGAUGAUGAAUCGAGAAAGACUGAAACCGUAUAUUGACGAAUUGUUAGGACGUUGUUGCUUCUGCCGGAUCUUGGCUGUCGCUGUUCCAGAUUAUAAGUUGGAUACUCUCUGGACUUGCUUUGCAGGCAUAAUUCUGUAUAUCAUAUCUGUGAAUAAUAUGCCUCGGCAAUUGGUACAAAACAUUGCUUUGGAAAUGGUCAUAUUAAAAGAACAUAAAAAGAUUGAAUGUUCUCAAAUGUAAAAUGUAAA